AAAAUCCCCCCCUUUGGUUCAAUUCCAACACCACAAUUUCCACAUUAAUUUACCUUCAUCUUUCUCUCAGCUUCACCUUCACCUUCACCUUCCGAAUUGUAUCAAACCUCAAAAAAUGGAUCAUCAAAACAAACACGUAGCAGUCUUUGCUUUCCCCUUUGGCAGCCACCUUAUGCCUCUCUUAAACCUUGUCCUCAAACUAGCUCAUUCCCUUCCAAACUGUUCAUUCUCUUUCAUUGGCACACACAAAUCCAAUGCAAUCCUUUUCCCAAAACCCCACAUCCCAAAUAACAUCAAGGCCUAUAGCAUAAGUGAUGGAAUCCCAGAGGGUCACGUCCUAGGCAAAAACCCAACUGAAAAAUUGAAUCUUUUUCUCCAAACUGGUCCUGAGAACCUUCACAAAGGUAUAGAAUUAGCGGAAGCAGAGACAAAGAAGAGAGUCACAUGCAUCAUUGCAGAUGCUUUAGUAACCUCUUCUCUCCUAGUGGCUCAGACCCUCAAUGUUCCUUGGAUUGCACUUUGGCUUCCCAAUUCAUGCUCACUCUCUCUCUAUUUCUACACUGACUUGAUUCGCCAGCACUGUGCAAGCCGUGCUGGGAACAAAACCUUGGAUUUCAUUCCAGGGCUGUCGAAGUUGCGUGUUGAAGACAUGCCACAGGAUCUGCUUGAUGUUGGAGAAAAAGAAACAGUUUUUUCAAGGGAACUAAAUUCGCUAGGUAAGGUGCUACCUCAAGCUAAGGUAGUAGUUAUGAAUUUCUUUGAGGAAUUGGAACCACCUUUGUUUGUUCAAGACAUGAGAAACAAGUUGCAGUCUUUGCUUUAUGUUGUUCCACUUCCUUCCACGUUGUUGCCACCAUCUGACACAGAUUCAAGUGGUUGCUUGUCAUGGUUGGGUAUGAAGAACUCUAAAUCGGUGGCUUAUGUUUGCUUUGGGACUGUGGUGGCACCACCUCCACAUGAGCUUGUGGCAGUGGCAGAGGCAUUGGAAGAAAGUGGCUUUCCUUUUCUGUGGUCUCUGAAGGAAGGUCUAAUGAGUCUUUUGCCAAAUGGGUUUGUUGAGAGGACCAAGAAGCGUGGGAAAAUAGUGUCUUGGGCUCCACAAACCCAUGUUUUGGCUCAUGAUUCUGUAGGAGUUUUUGUGACUCACUGUGGAGCUAACUCUGUGAUUGAGAGUGUUUCCAGUGGUGUUCCUAUGAUCUGCAGGCCAUUCUUUGGAGAUCAAGGGGUGGCUGCAAGAGUGAUAGAAGAUGUUUGGGAGAUUGGGAUGAUGAUAGAAGGUAAGAUGUUCACCAAAAAUGGAUUGGUGAAGAGCUUGAAUUUGAUUCUGGUGCAUGAAGAAGGGAAGAAGAUUAGAGACAAUGCUCUUAGGGUGAAGAAGACUGUGGAAGAUGCAGGUAGGCCUGAAGGGCAAGCAACACAAGAUUUCAACACUCUGGUGGAAGUAAUUUCUAGAUCUUAAUAGCACUUCUUUGUUUGCAUGGGUUAUUUUAUUUCAAAACUAUUAAAAUGAUGUAUAACUUGAAUAGAUUCUCGGGUUAGUUGUGUUUGUAGUUAACUUUAUGCUUUUUGUUUUGUUUGUGAAUUAGUUCCCCGACAAGAUCCUAAAAUAAGUCGGCGAUUUGUAUCGAGCAAAGAAAUAUUAUAAGCAAAAAAAUAUCUAAUUUAUCAAGUUUAAUAAAAAUUAGUUAAAUCA